AUGGCCUGCCCUGGUAUUUGGUUUUUGCUAUCUUUCUCUGGUUUAUUUGGAAAUGGAGAUUGUGCUUUGGAGUGGUUUUUAGCUUGUAAUGCAAUGGCUUUUCUCCCUGAGCGGAUUGUUGUUCAUCUCUAUUGGAUGGCCCCUCUUCCUGGUGUUUGUAAAGUCAACAUUGAUGGUAGCAAAAUUAAUUCCUCUGGUCUUAUUGGGGCUGGGGGUUUGUUAAGAGACUCUUGUGGGAGUUGGAUCAAGGGUUUCUCUGUGAAUUUGAGCUAUUGUUCCAUCAUUGAGGCUGAGUUAUGA